UCCGCUUCCCGCCGGAAGCGCCGGUGUGUGGGGCCGAAGAUGGCGGCGGGGAUGUACCUGGAGCACUACCUGGACAGUAUUGAGAAUCUGCCAUUUGAAUUACAGAGAAACUUCCAGCUCAUGCGAGAUCUGGAUCAGAGGACAGAAGACCUCAAGUCAGAGAUCGAUAAGUUGGCCACGGAGUAUAUCAGCAAUGCACGGACUUUGUCUUCAGAGGAAAAACUGGGGCUUCUCAAACAAAUCCAAGAGGCCUAUGGAAAGUGCAAGGAAUUUGGGGACGACAAGGUUCAGCUGGCUAUGCAGACCUACGAGAUGGUCGAUAAGCACAUCCGGCGGCUGGACACAGACCUCGCUCGCUUUGAAGCAGACCUGAAGGAGAAGCAGAUAGAGUCGAGUGACUAUGACAGUUCUUCCAGCAAGGGCAAGAAGAAGGGCCGAGCCCAGAAAGAGAAAAAAGCUGCCCGCGCUCGCUCUAAAGGGAAAAACUCUGAUGAGGAAGCACCAAAAACUGCCCAAAAGAAAUUGAAGCUCGUCCGCACUAGCACAGAGUAUGGGAUGCCUUCUGUCACCUUUGGAAAUGUGCACCCCUCGGAUGUACUGGAUAUGCCCGUGGACCCCAAUGAACCCACUUACUGCCUCUGCCACCAGGUCUCCUAUGGGGAGAUGAUUGGCUGUGACAACCCAGAUUGUUCCAUUGAAUGGUUUCAUUUUGCCUGUGUGGGUCUGACAACAAAACCAAGAGGAAAAUGGUUCUGCCCUCGCUGUUCCCAGGAGAGGAAGAAGAAGUAAAUUCACAUGAGACCUCAGUACUGCUGCAGGAGCUCUCUUCCCCCUGCCAGGGCCUCGUCCCAGUUCCCCCAGCCCUUGGGGCCUUGGCUGAAGGGAAGUCUUGCCCUCUUUGUGGUUUGGGCCAUCCCUGGAAUGGUGUGUACCCUCACGGUGGUUCCUGUGUGUUCUGUAUCCCUGGUUGCUUCUGAGUCCUUAAGGGAGGCCCUCUCUGUGUACUAUUCCAAACAGGUCUCUGAACCUCAAAGGGAAUGAAUGAGGGCACCAGGGUAGCCACCAGAUUCCCAGGGAUUCAGGUAGCCCCUGAUUUUCCUUGGCUUUCCUUCAGCCUCCUCAGAGUUCAUUGCCUGUUCUCUGCUUAGAGAACAAGGCUAUGGGAUGGGGGAAGGAAAGGAGGUAAGUCUUCAGCAUUUUAGGUCAUUCAUUUUCCUGGAUCUUUUUCAGGAGAGAGGGAGUACAGGCUACUUCUUAAUCUAGUGGGCUGGUUGAGAGACUGAAAACCUGAUGUGCUCCCUGUCUUUAACCAUUCCACUGCUGGCAUUGAGCAGCCUCUUUUGUUGGGGAGAGGAGGAGGCAGAGGGAUGUUUAGAGCUAGCUUUGUCUCUCUUAUUCCUGGGGUAAACCUGCUGGUCUGGGAAGCACACUGUGUGAAGGAGGAAGAAUUUCUGACCACGUGGGGAGAAACGGCUUGGUCCAGUCUGUCUUCCGGCUUCAAAAUUCUGCCUUCCUCUUGUGUAGCGGUGCUUCUCCAUGACGUUGAUGGUGGGAAGUUUGGGGAUUCAGAUCCCACUUGUAUAAUACAGAAUGAAAUAAAAUUCAUUGAAACCAA